AUGGCAGCAGGACUGAGCAAGAACCUCGAGAUCGCAGGGGGAAAAGCAGGGGAACGCAAAAGAAAAGGCGGAAGAAGGAAGGAGGAGGAGAAGAGAGGAGGCAGGAGAGGUUCGACUGCAAACUCGUACUCCGAUGGCGACUUCGGGUUCGACCGCGAUUCGAACUUGAACUCCGACGGCGGCUACGGGUUCGACCACGACUUGAACUCGGAGUCCGACGGCGACUCCGGGUUCGACUACAACUCGGAGUCCGACAGCGAUUCCGGGUCCGACUAUAACUCGAAGUCCGACGGUGACUCCGGGUCCGACUACAACUUGGAGUCCGACAGCGACUCCGGGUCUGGCUACAAUUCCGAGUCCGACGGCGACUCCAGGUUCGACCGCAACGCGGAGUCCGACGGCGACUCCAGCUUCAACUCUAACUCGAAGUCUGACAGCGACUCUGAGUUCGACUACAACUCGAAAGUCCGACUACAUCGCGAGCUCGCCAACGACUACGGGCGGCUCGCCGAUGAUUUCUUUGACUAUGUCGCGGGCACGCCGACGACCACGGUCGGCUUGACGACGACUCCGUCGACUACGGGCAACUCGUCGACGACUUCAACUACAUUGUGA